GGUGAAUUGAAUUCUAAAAUUCUGGAUUUAUUGUGCGAAAUUAGCUUUAGUUAGAGAGUCACUUUCAGUAAUACAUAGACGUUGUGACCGUAUAAGGAAUAAUGUCCGGGAUCCGCACCGGACGCGUGAGUAAACAUAGGAGAGGCCAUCGUAUGAAGACUCGGGCAGGUCUGAGAAUGAUGGCAAUUAUGCAAGACAGAAAGAGUGAGGAGGUUCCGAAGGAAUUCCUCGAGACUGGUAGGACGGGGCGCCGCAACGCGAUGCCCGACAUCCUGCACCCGCAGGGCGCCGAGUGCACCACCGCCGACUUGCCGUCGCGGCUGCAGCAGCUCGCCACUACCGAUACGGAUAACCCGCAGCCAUGUUCAUCUAAAGCAGAACUCGAAAUAAGCAAGGAGGAGGAUUCGACGGCCAAGAAAGACUGCAGUUGAGCUGCGUUCCCCAAUCAAGAGUCCCACGAGGACGCAACGGGACGUGCCCAACGCUAAAGCAAUCUCAAUCAGGUAAUAGUGUAGCGAUGAGUACGUACUCUCAUCGUGCUUCUUAGACAAGUUUGCCAGUAGGUCGAGUACUCUCCAGCGACUUAUUGCAGAACAGAGCUCUGAGCAACGGACGAUAAUUUCAUAUCACCGAAGUUAACUUUUUAGAAUAAGUGGCCACUUGUCGGACGAAAUCGACAUAUCACAAAUCAGUCAACUAUUUUAUAUCAAGAUUACUUAUGUUGGUCUGAAAUAUUAUGAAUUGUAAUUGGUUAAACAAACGUCUUUAAUGUACCGUGCAAUUAUGAUGAAAUUGUUUCAUGUUGUAACUCUUAUAGUCUUACGCACUUUAUAGAUUAGGAAAACAACUAUUUUAAUGCUUGUUUAUGCAUGAUAUUGAAGUAAUUGGAUUACUUUAUUCUUGUGACUUGAGAUGAGUGGGCCAGAAACGUGUUCCAGUUCCUUUUUUAUUCCAAAUGCACAUGAUAAUGAUAAUUUAUUAUUUAUUUUUAGAUUUUAGCUUAAAAGUACAAUUUUAUUUUUAUUUAACCAUUCAGUGUGAUAGUGUGAUUUUAAGUUAGUUUAGUUUAAUAUUUGGUGCCGUUCUAUUUUUGUGGUGAGGAUGCAUGUUAAGAACCGACUACGUGUUUUGUGUAAUGUUGAUGAGUUAGACCAUAAUAGUGACCAAUUACUAUGAAAUAUUUUAGACAAAUUAUUUUAUUGUUAUAACUGUUUUGUAUUUUAGUUUUCCAUACAUUAUGGCAGCAAAAUAAUCUUAUUUUAAUUUUAAUCGUUGACUAUUUUUUGAUGUAGUAGGUACCUACAUUGAAUAUACGUCCCUAAACAGUAAGGAGGCCCAGGAGUCUAUACUACUCUGCAAUGUCACUACUUAGCUAACCUGUCUUCAAAUAACGAUAUCUAUAACUUAAUUUAAUCUGGAGAUUAAACGUUUCUUAUUUUAUUAUUUUUGUUAAAUGACUACGCUUGUUGAGCGGUCGAUUGCCGCCUGCUGUCAAUGUUGCUGGAUAUGUACGAAUUCGACAAUUCUAUGUAUAUAAAAUCAGAACGAUUUAAUUCAUAUAUAUUUAAUUAUAUUUUGUCACACUAAUAACACCAAAUAAAUGUAGGUAUAACUACUAAAGUAGGUGUUAUUGAAAAUUUAAGUAGAUUGUUUGAAUAAGAAGUAUUAAGAUAAAAAUAAUGAGGUGUUCCUGCGACGAGUGCACAGAAAUGUCGGUGAAUUGUUUAGCAAACGUAACUCAAGAUUGUAAAAUCGGUAGUUAACCUUCUGACAAGUAGAACUGUACGGCGGCCUUACAAGGUACAAUAUUCAUGUCACGAUCUAGCAAUUUAAAAAUUAACUGAUUAAUCAGAACACAUGUAUUCUCUAAUUAUAUACGAACUUUUUAAAUAAUAAUAAAAAAACAUAGCUCGCUUAGCAAUCUUGGCAUAAUUAGCGUUGUCACUUUAAAUGUUUUAAAACAAUUUUUCUCAAACAUGGUAUGAAAUAUUGAUGUUAUGUGCCUUAUAAUUGGCUGCGAAGUAUGAC